AUGACUGUUAUAAACAGCACGGAGACGAGAAGACGUAUAGUACAAAAAAGUAUCAGAAAGAGUUGCAAGAAAGUUUGUAGUGUAAAAUCUGUGAAGUCACUGUUACCUAUAACGACAUGGUUGCCAAAAUAUAACAUAACUUUGCUGAUCCAGGACAUUAUCGCGGGAAUCACAGUUGGGCUGACAGCUAUACCUCAAGGGAUCGCUUAUGCUAUAGUAGCUGGACUGCCCCCUGAAUAUGGUCUAUACGCUGGUUUAAUGGGAGGAAUUGUUUAUUUAUUUUUCGGAAGUUGUAAAGACAUCACGAUUGGACCAACGGCCAUACUAUCCGCUAUGACUGCUAAAUACGUCUCGGAUUAUUCAUAUGAUUAUGCCAUACUUGUGGCUUUUCUAUCCGGUUGGGUUAUAUUGACAAUGGGUGUAAUGAACCUCGGAUUUUUAGUUGAGUUCAUAUCGAUACCUGUGAUAAGUGGAUUUACAACAGCAGCGGCCCUUCAAAUUGCAUCAGCCCAGUUAAUUUCAUUGUUUGGUAUGGAAGGCAAGUCGGGAAACUAUUUUUCCGAAUCAAUCAUAAGUUUCUUUAAAAAUAUAACUACAAUCAACAUACGAGAUUCUGUUCUGGGUAUUAUUACUAUUUUAAUGUUGUUGGUUUUAAAACGAAUCGGAGAAGGGUGUAGUCGAACAGACGGCGUGGUGAAACAAUUGAGAUGGUUUAUAUCGAUAGGACGUAAUGCUGUAGUUGUGAUAAUUGGAAUAAUCAUUGCAUACAGUUUAAAAGUUACUACCGGUGAAGAGCCAUUAAGAAUUAUUGGUGAAAUUGGAAGUGGCUUGCCUACAAUCCAAUCACCACCUUUCAGCACAGUAGUCGGAAAUGAAACUCACAAUUUUAUUGAUAUGUUGCAAACAAUAGGACCAGGAUCAAUCAUAUUGCCAUUGGUCGCGAUAUUAGAACUAAUAGCAAUCGCCAAAGCUUUUGCAGGGGGAGCUGAAGUAAAUGCAACGCAAGAAAUGAUAGCUCUCGGACUGUGUAAUAUAAUAGGAUCUUUUGCACUGAGUAUGCCAAUUACGGGAUCUUUCACCAGAACCGCUUUAAACAAUGCUUCAGGGGUACAAACAACAGCCGGUGGAAUUUUUACAGCAAUACUUAUACUCCUGGCUCUUAGUUUACUAACUUCUACUUUCUACUAUAUACCAAAGGCUUCCCUAGCGGGUUUGAUAAUAACCGCUAUGUUUUACAUGAUCGAUUACAAAAUAUUUAUAAGACUUUGGAAAACGAGUAAAAGGGAGCUAUUUUAUUUUAUUGCAACCAUUUGUGUAUGUUUGGUGCUUGGCCUAGAGUACGGUAUUGUAGCAGGUGUCAUUAUAGAUGCUCUAGUAUUGCUGUUUACAAGUGCAAGACCAUCUCUAGAAGUAAAUAAUAUAAUCGAAACUAAAGGAUACGUAUGCAUUAUAAUCCGUUUACCAGAAUCUUUGCCAUACUGCGCUGCGGAUCAUCUCAGAAGAAAAAUACUUAAAAUUUCAUUUGGAGCUGAAUGCGAUACAUUUAUUAUUAUCGAUGGAGUAGUUUUACGAAAAAUGGAUUCAACUGUUGCUUCAAAUCUCAUGUCAUUGAUAAAAGAUGUGGAAAAGAGUAACGUAAAAAUUUUGUUCUUAAAUUUUGAUAAUUAUUUCAAGGAUAUGUGCAAUAUGAUUAAUCCGAAAUAUAGCAAUAAAUUUCUCACAUGUUGCAGUGAUAACAUAGAAGAUAUCGUAGAAAUAACAGUUAAGACUUCAGUGUAAUUAAUAGUCUCGAUAUGUGAUUAUAUGAUGAGGGCAAGUUAUAUAAUGAGUAAGAAAUUACAGUCACAACUGUUUUACAUUGCACCACAUA